GGACAGAGGGAGAGGCCCUGCCGCACCGCUGCACCCCUGCGCCACAUCCCCGUCCCCAGCAUGUCGGCUCUGGAGUGGUACGCGCACAAGUCCCUAGGCGACGGCAUCUUCUGGAUCCAGGAGCGCUUCUUCGAAUCUGGCAACCGCGCUAACAUCUGGCUGGUGCGCGGCGCCGAGCAGGACGUGGUGAUCGACACCGGACUGGGGCUCCGAAGCCUGCCGGAGUAUCUCUACUCGGCCGGCCUCCUCCAGGACCCGGACAAAGGGGAGGACCUGGUGCGGCGGCCGCUGCUGGCCGUGGCCACUCAUGUCCACUUCGACCACGCCGGGGGGCUCUACCAGUUUGACCAGGUAGCCGUGCACCGGGCCGAGGCGGACGCCCUGGCCCGAGGGGACAACUUUGAGACGGCGACCUGGCUGUCGGAGAGCGAGGUGGUGCGGGCUCCCAGCCCCGGCUGGAACGCCAGGCAGUUUCGAGUGCAAGCCGUGCAACCCACCCACAUCCUGCAGGAGGGGGAUGUGAUCAGCCUUGGUGACAGACAGCUCACUGUAAUGCACAUGCCUGGUCACUCCAGGGGAAGUAUUUGCUUACUCGACAAAGAUCGGAAGAUUCUAUUCAGUGGAGAUGUUGUAUAUGAUGGAGCAAUGAUUGACUGGCUUCCAUACAGCCGAAUAAAUGAUUACAUUGUAACCUGUGAGCGCCUGAUAGAAUUGGUGGACAGUGGUGUGGUAGAGAAGGUGCUUCCUGGGCAUUUCAACACUUUUGGAGCUGAAAGGCUUUAUCGCUUAGCUUCCAACUAUAUUUCGAAAGCUGGGUUGUGUCACAAAGUUUCAACCUGUGCUAUGAGAUCCCUUGCAAGUUUAGCACUGCGUGUAACCACUUCUAGGACCCCAUCCUAGUUUGUAUGUAUUGGUUUAUCAUGUGAUUGAUACUUUUAAAACCAAGCAGUUUUGUGGUUAAAAUAAUUGAUUGUGAUCAUUUCAAGAAGUGCUUUCUCAAUAUUAAGGGGGGGGGGGGGGGAGAUUUGAGAAGGAAUAAGCCAAAAGAGGGAGAUGUGUUAUUUUAACUUAUUUUCUUUCCACCAAAUGAUUAUAAUAAGCCUCUGAAACAAGCUAAUAGCUUGCUAAAGUUGUUGCCUUUUAAAUGUUUGUGGGUUUUGUUUUGUUUUGUUUUCAGUCAUCAAAACUGUGGGAUGGUUGCAUGGGGAAGGCAUUUUGGAGAAAAGAGAGUUAUCCAUACUUGCUUUUGGAAACUCUUGUUUUAUUAUGUGCAUUAAAGUAAUUUUUUUUGGGGGGGGGUGCCCCAAUCCUGAAGUUUUCAGUAUUACAUUUAAAUUUAAAGAUGAAACUUCUUCAGUUUAAAAUUCAUUUGAACUUAGUGUGAAACAUACAAUAUAGCCAUUCAUAUAAUACCUGAAACAUUUCACUACUGUAAGGACUGGAUCCAUGUGUGCCAUGAUUUAUUUAUUCUUUGUGUAAGUUAAUGAAAUAGUCACUGUCUAUUGUGUGUUUAUUUUAUUUAUUUAAAAAAUAGUAAAGUACAUUUUGAUUUGAUGCAAAGCUUUAUAAAAUAAAUGCUUCAGUAAAAAAGCUGAAAAGAUUGCUAUAGUUGAGAUGCUGUAUUUUGCAAAUAGUGAAAUUUUAAAUGUGCAUAUUUAACUGCAAAUGUUUAGAUUUCUUAAAAGGACACUGUCAGGUAUCCUUAAAAUAUAUAUAUGUAACUUGAAAUGUUUUUCUUCCUUUCCUACUGGUCUGCAAGGAAAAGUAAAAAGAGAUCUCAGAGCAUUCUCUCUUUGGGCAACAUUUCAUAUGUAAUCAACUUUGGGACACAUUUAAAAAAAUGUUUAAUCUUAAAGCAAACAGGUAUUUUACUUGGUCCUUUGUCCUAUGUUGUGUUAAAGGGCUUACUAGAUUAAUUAAAGUGUAAAUUAGAUAUUGAUCUUUUUCUGAUUCACAGAACUAAUUCUUUUCUGAUGGAUUCUGAACCACCUACAAUCUUUGGCUAAAAUGAAAAAUCUCAUUUACACAGUCUAAACAAAAGCUAGACUAAUAUUUAGUGAUCCAUUUUGGCGCGCACGCGUGUGUGUGUGUGUGUGUGUGUGUGUGCGCAUAUGUGUGUGUUACUUUGAAGAAACAUUAAAGAAUUUCUUAAACUCAUAUUAUUGGCUUUCUAAUCCUAGCAUUCCUGAAUUCAAAUUGGGACAGUUACAUGAAACUCAGUUUUAGGAUUGCUAGAGGAAAAUUUCCAAAACAGUGUGAAACUCUCUUUCCCCAGAAAUUUUCCAUAUUCAUUUGUUUUAACAGAACUUAAGCAUCUGCCAUAAGUAUAGCACCGUGCCAGGCGGCACCUUGGGGAAUUGUAAUGGGAGUCAAAGAUGGGUUUCUUCCAUCAUAGAAGUCAUGAUUGAGCUACAGUAAGCACACAAUGGAGAGAAAGAUACCAAUGAAAAGUAAGGAUAACAAUGAAAAUGUAGUAUAAAUGAGUUCAAGAAACAAAACAAGCAAGUACUGUUUAUAGGUUGAGGUUAGCCAAACAAAGUUUAUGAGAAAGGUUAAAUAAUGAGCCAGAUUUUGAAGGAAGGGAUAGUUGUAGAUUGGUACAUUACUUCUUUACAUUAAAUAUCCCCUAUACUGAUUCAACAGGCUUAAUAGAAAAUGUUUAGUAUGUGCAAUAUUCCUUAUUUGAGGGGAUUAACAAGAGGCAUCCAUACUGCUUUAUGGAAGAGCCUAUAAAAAUGAAUUUUUUUUUCUGCCCUGUUUUCCUAUAACCAUAUUAGUAAUUAAAGUCAAGGAAAUUAGGGGAUUCAUGGCUUAAACAACUUUUGUGGCUUUCUUGUUCUCACUAACCACCUCUACAGAGCCAUGAUGCUCACAAUCUGGAAUCAAAGAAUGCACAGUUACAUGAAUAAAUACAAAUAAAGAUUCUGUCUGUGCUGUGUGAUCUUUUGCAAACUCAUCUCUUUGAAUAACAAGGAUCAAGUCCUAAUCCAAAUUGACUUUUCUUGUAAUUGAGUCUAUAAUUUAAAACUAAUUUCGUAUUCUUUAAAAAUAACUCAGUAUUAUCAAAAAAGUUUUAAUAUAGAAAAGUGAAGAUAUCAUUAGACCUUUCUUUGAUCAUUUUUUAAAGACAGUUUUUCUAUUAGAUUGGAGUUUGAAACUUAUGUAUGAAUAUUAAGAAUUUCAAUGUUAUAUUGAAAAUUAUUGUGGUAUUAUUGGACAAACCACAUUCAAAAUUAUUUAAUGGCUUUAGAGAAAUCCAAUAUUUUUACAUUGAUUACAAAAAGUAAAAGCCAAACCUGUAAAUCACUGAAGACCCUAUUAGCUAAUAGGAUUUUAUAUUAUUUUCCCUUGAAGAAGUAGAAAUUUUAGGAUUACCCUUACUUGUAAUCGGAAUGUCCAAAAUUUUUAGGGAAGGAGAGAAAUUAUUUGGUAGAAGAAUAAGGUUUCAAAGUUGAUGUGUUUUAGGCAACAUUACCCAAGAUUGUAUUACUGUACUUCUGUUGAAACUUGGCCAAUGGCCAGCUCAAUAGAACAAACUUGACCAAGUGUAUUUUUACUCCUAUGAUAUGGGGUGUGCCAAGAAUAAAA